AUGACGAUCACCACGCCCUUUCAUUGUUUGGUCAACCGUCUCGGCCAAAUGGCCUUGAAAGAAUCAUCGGAGCCAUCGCCACAAGCCCACUUCGAGCUAUUGCGAAUGAUCGACCAGCUCAGGUCUGCAGUGGAAACGCCGACAGAAACCGUGUUGCGUCUGAUUUACCAGCCUCCUCAAAACGCUGCGUUGCGCGUUGUCAUCGAUUUGGGCAUUUUCGCCAUACUCGUGGAGAAGGAACACAGAGUAACGGGACUCUCAGCCGCUCAGCUGGCAGAAUGUACGGGCGCCGAGCAAGAUUUAAUUGUCCGACUGAUGCGCGUUAUGGCUUCUCUUGGGCUGUGCAUCACACCGACCCCCGAGCUUUAUGCUGCCAAUGAGAAGACGGUUGCACUGACUCAGCCGAUUGGGAGAGAUGGAAUCCCGUGCAUGUAUUUUCCGGAGUACCUGCGCUCCCAUGGUUAUGCCAACCCUCAGGAUUAUACUCAGUCGCCUAUGCAAUGGGCCGUUGGACAGAGUCAGUUUGAGUGGCUUUCAUGUCACGAGGAGCAGCAGGAGCUCUUUAACUCAUACAUGGCUAGCCGUCGGGAGGGUAGACCGAUGUGGUACGAUAUAUACCCCGUCGAACGGCUGUUUGGCCAUGCCGUGCCAUACAAAGAUACGGUCUUCCUGGUAGACAUUGGUGGCAACCAGGGGCAUGACCUUGGCAAGUUCCGGCGAGAAUAUGGUCAUCUGCCGGGUAGAAUGGUGCUGCAGGAUUUACCAAAGGUGAUCGAGGGGGUCGAUGGUGAGAGCGCAGGAAUCAAGGUGAUGGGAUUCAAUUUCAUGAAUCCUCAACCCGUCAAAGGUGCCAGGGCGUACUACUUCCGUUCUAUCUUCCAUGACUGGGAUGACCAGAUUAGUCGGAGGAUCCUCCAAAAUACGGUGUCAGCCAUGGCGCCGGACUAUUCUCGAAUUCUUAUUGUGGAUUUCGUCCUGCCAGACACCGAUGUGCCGCUGAUGCAGGCUUCACUGGAUAUUCAGAUGAUGAGUAUAGGAGCUGGUGUCGAACGGUCGGAACGACAGUGGAGGGAUCUCUUACAUAGCGCCGGGUUGGAGAUCACGGGGAUCUGGAACCAGAGCCCGGCGAUGGAGUCGGUGAUUGAAGCGGUUCCGAUCUUGAAAUAG